AUGGCCACACGCGACACUCUUUCUCCGGUGAUGGCCGCCUUCAUUGGCAUCGACGUCUUUGUGGUCCUCGCGCGACUCGGCGUGCGUAUCAAGUUGACCACACUCGGAUACGACGACUAUGUCAUUGCAGUGGCACUCGUAGGAUUCAUCCUCAUGUGUUCCUUCUGCUUCAUGUCUCUCUCGUACGGCUUCGGCGAAACCGACCCGCUCGUCAUCGCCAAACUCGAAAACUACAACGUCAUGGAGGCCUCGAGGUACUUCACCAUCGCCCAGAUCACCUACGUCGCCGGCUUUCCCAUCGUUCGCAUCAGCGUGGCAUUGGUUCUGCACCGAAUCGUCCAGGGAUGGCCUCGCACCCAGCGUUUGCUCGUGGUAUCCAUGGUCUUCGUCGGUGUCUACGCUCUGGGCUGUCUUCUGGUCGAUGUGCUGCAGUGCAUCCCACUGAAGGCAGUAUGGGGAGAUGGCACUGGGAGGUGUCUUACUUCUUCGCAACUAGCAGGGCUGGGAUUUGCUGUGUCGGCCCUGGACAUUGCAUCGGCGCUAUUCUACGCCGUGCUGCCGGUCUUCUUGCUCAAGGGCUUGCAGAUGGGCACAAGGACCAAGGUCGCCAUUAUUAUAUUGCUGGGACUCGGCGCCGGGACUGUUAUUGUCAGUAUUGUGCGGCUCAAGAGCUUGAUUCAAAUCGUCGGGUCCAAGGACAUUGCCGCUGCAUUGGACCUCCAGCUCGAAUCUUUCAUCUAUUCUGUUCUCGAGUUUGGACUAUCCAUCUUGACCGCCUCCCUGGUGGCCUUCCGUCCCCUCAUCAAAUACUUGCCGUUUGGCAGUCAUGGGCGCAGUUCCGGCUUCCGAGGGCCCUCUGCGGGGACUGGGCCAUCAGGCACCGGUGGCACAAACAAUUUUGAAAUGGGCCGUCGUAAUUAUGUCAAUGUCCCGGACCCAGUCCGGAUGGACUCUGAUGAUGGGGACAGUCAGCGCAACAUCUUGCGAGAAGAGACAAAUAGUGCUAGGGAUUGGAAGCACUCUGAGACCAGCGUCACAAUAACAACCAAGAUACAUAAGUCAUAA